AUGAGGAAGGUUGUGGUGUUGUUUAUUUUCAUGUUGUUGGUGGUGGUGCCUUCGGCUUUUGCUGAUUCAAGUCAGAAGCUUGAGGUUCAGAAGCACUUGAAGAACUUGAAUAGGCCUCCUGUUAGGUCCAUCAAGAGUCCUGAUGGGGAUAUUAUUGACUGCAUCCAUGUCUCUCACCAGCCAGCUUUGGAUCACCCUGACCUCAAAAAUCACAAGAUUCAGAUGAAACCAAAUUUCCAUCCAGAAGGGCACCCUUUUGGAGACAACAAAGUCUCUUCAAAUUCCAAGCCUAUAAAUCAGCUGUGGCACCAAAAUGGGAGGUGCCCUCAAGGUACAAUUCCUAUCAGAAGGACCUCAAAGAAUGACAUACUAAGGGCAAGCUCUAUUCAACAAUUUGGAAAGAAGAAGCAAAGGAGCUUUCCACAGCCUAAGCCUGCAAAACCUCUACCUGACCUCAUCAGUCAGAGUGGCCACCAGCAUGCCAUAGUUUAUGUGGAGGGAGAUAAGUAUUAUGGAGCCAAGGCAACCAUAAACGUUUGGGACCCAAAAAUUCAACAACCCAAUGAAUUUAGCCUUUCCCAAAUGUGGAUUCUGGGUGGCUCUUUUGGUCAAGAUCUCAACAGCAUCGAAGCAGGUUGGCAGGUCAGCCCUGAUUUGUAUGGAGACAACAACACUAGACUCUUCACUUAUUGGACGAGUGAUGCAUAUCAAGCUACUGGUUGUUAUAAUCUCCUUUGCUCUGGCUUUAUUCAAAUUAACAGUGAUAUAGCCCUGGGAGCAAGUAUCUCCCCUCUUUCUAAGUAUAGCUCUUCCCAAUAUGAUAUCAGCAUCCUGGUCUGGAAGGACCCCAAAGAGGGUAACUGGUGGAUGCAAUUUGGAAAUGACCAUGUUAUGGGAUACUGGCCAGCUCCUCUAUUCUCGUACCUCUCUGACAGUGCCUCAAUGAUUGAGUGGGGAGGAGAGGUUGUGAACUCCGAAUCCGACGGCCAACACACCUCAACUCAAAUGGGAAGUGGCCAUUUCCCUGAGGAAGGUUUUGGCAAGGCUAGUUACUUCAAGAACAUUCAAGUUGUUGAUGGUGACAACAAGCUUAGAGCUCCAAAAGACCUUGGCACUUACACUGAGCAAGAUAGCUGCUACAAUGUCCGAACUGGCAGUGCUGGAGAUUGGGGUAACUACUUCUAUUAUGGUGGUCCUGGUAGAAAUGCAAAUUGCCCUUGA